AUGCUUCACCCGCAGUUCACACCCGGUGCAAUCGCUAAUCACCUUCCCUUCCCCCUCUUUCAGCACACCCCUUCCCCCUCUAAGUGCAGCUCCAUUCCCACUAUGACCUUACCUCCCUUCCCCCUACCUAAGCACCUCUCUUCCCCCUCUCACCUCGUUGCCUUCCCUCCUGCCAGCACCUCCCUUCCCGACUCUCACCUCCAUUCCCCCUCUCACAGCACCUCCCUUCAAACCCUCGCAGCACCUCCUUUCCCCCUCUCACAUCAACUCCCUUCCCCCUCUCUCAGCACCUCCCUUCACAAUCUGACAGCACGUCCUUUACCCCUCUCACAGCAACUCCCUUCCCCCUCUCACAGCACCUCCCUUCAAACCCAAAACUGCACCUCCUUUCCCCCUCUCACAAAAACUCCCUCCCCCCUCUCACAGUACCUCCCUUCCCCCUCUCACAGCACCUCCCUUCCCCCUCUCACAGCACCUCCCUUCAAACCCAAAACAGCACCUCCUUUCCCCCUCUCGCAUCAACUCCAUUCCCCCUCUCACAGCACCUCAAUUCCCCCUCCCACAGCACCUCCUUCCCCCCUCUCACAUCAUCUCGCCUCUCAUUCCGCCAUCUACCAUCAUCUCGCCUCUCAUUCCGCCAUCAACCAUCAUCUCGCCUCUCAUUCCGUCAUGCUCGUCCCUGUCUGGAAUUAUCACGCAUAUCCGUCAAGCUCACCUACGAAAGGCAGUGGAAGAUGGCGAGGCAAGUAG